AUGGCUAGCUUUCUUGCCGUAGCAGCAUGUCUGUCUGUGAUUGCUUCGGCCCAUGCACUGUCGGCCAGGUUGUACCCUACCGUUCUACGCAGAGAUACCACGGCGACCAGCGUUGAGCCCGUGUCAGCAAUCUCUCUCUACUAUCAAGCAGUCAACUCAAGCUCUAUCGGCGCUCUCGUCCAAGCGGACUUGCAGCUCCCCUCCAUCGUCCUUGAAGAUGUCAAUGAUGUGUCAAGCGUGACCUGUUCUGUCGACAGCGUGACGGUGACGUUCAAUUCCACGACCACCUUCAACCAAGCAUACUCCUGGCCUCGCUCACACCUCCUCCUCGUCACCAACCAUCUAGGGAACUGCGACGCGGAAGCCGAACGCGGAAUCUACAACGCAGCCUCUCUCCUAUUCAACCCCUCAAGCUUAAGCAUCACCGCCUCGACAAGCAAAACCAACCUCCAGCAACAAGCCAAAACCGUCACCAUCGCUUUCGGCCACCCUGUCUCAUCCCAACACAAGCGCGAGCUCACCACCAGCAUCGACCUCGCCUGGUCAGGCGACCUCAUCCGCACCACCGGCCUAACCAUCCACGCCAACCACGCCACCCUCGACGCCGCAAUCACCAUCGACGGGAUCAUCGCGUACAACAUCGAGACAAAGACAGCAACAACCCUCAACCUCGACAUCGCCGUCGCGCUGGAUGCGACACUCGGCCUCUCCGUCUCAGCCGCGGGGUCGUUCCUGCGCAACGUCUACACCUACAGAUGGAGCCCCGUCGAGGCGGCGGGCUUCUCCAUCCCCGGGAUCCUGACCGUGGGGCCGAUGCUCGAUCUCAACGUGGGCGUCGACAUGGAGAUGAACGGGACGGCAGAGGCCAGGAGUAACAUGAGCAUGGCGACGAACGGGCUAUUCCAUCUCGAUCUACUCAAUAUGACGGAUAGCUCUGCGCGGAGCGUCGCGCCAACAGCGACGACCAGCUCGAGGAUGGAUACGGCGGCGGAUAUGCAGCUUGAUCCGUUCGUUGGGGCGGAGGUUGGCGUGACGGUGAAUCUGUUUGAGGGCUUGCUUGAUUUGUCGUCUGGGUUGGCGGCGCGAGCGACGGUCGUGAAUGUCUUUAAUAUUGAUGCGGAGAUGGUGGUUGGGGACGAUGGGGAUGUUACGCUGGUUCCUCCUCCGGCGGAUAGCAGUGGAGGCUGUGAGAAUGGGUAUUGGUUUACAAGUGAUUUUUGGUUUAAUGUCACGGCGAGCAUGAUGGCGCUGCUUACGAUGGAUAUGUAUCAUCUUGAUAUGCCUAUGGUGCAGACUGAGUGUAUUGCAUUUUAG